AUGAUUUUGCUGAUAGUCGUUGGAGUUUUUUCUGCCAUUUUUACGUAUUUGUGGAGAUUGUGGAGUUUGAGAGAAAAGGUGAGCUUUUUUUAUUCUUUGAAAAAUACCAAAUUUCGAAAGCUUUUUUCCAACAUUACAAAGUUAUGGAAAAAAAUGGGAGUGCGUUUUCAAAAUAUUAAAGGGUUUCAGUUUAUUCAGCUGACCUUGUGCUAAAUUGGUAAAUAAGUUGAUUCUUUAAUGUUCCUCAUUUCAAAAACUUCUAAAUUGAGUUUUUCUUCUAAAACCCACAAAAAAUGUGAUUAUAAAACGUGAAUAAGAGCUCUAUCGUAAAAUAAAAGCUCUAUCGUACAUUUAAUUUAUUCAUGUGUACUUCUCGAGGAAUUCAUGUCCUAACAUUUUUCAAUUUCAAUCAAACCACUUGAAUCAGAAAAACAAUGAUCAUGAGAUGUCUUAUUUUUUUUGAAACCUUUUUUUUUGUAUUUUGGUCAAUUAUCAUGUGACUUUUCUCUCAUUAGUUGGUGUCUGGAAAAUUCUAAAGAAUUCACAUUUAUCAUUUUUUUUCAUCGUUCGGAAAGUUGUUUUUAUCAUUUUUCUCCUCUUCUUUGAAAAAUCAUCAAUUAUAAAGUUUUUAAAAUAAAAAUCUUUUUUUUCCAGCGACAAUCGGAACUUCGUGAAAUUGUUGCUCGAAAACGAGCGGAACGAGAUGAAAGUGUCAAAUUUGCACAGAAAAGUGCCGAAAAAUUGGAAAAAUCAAAGUUUGACCAAAUUUCGGUCAUGAGUUUUGAGGAAUUGAAAGGUUCGUUGAAUCUAUAAAUAAAAUUUCAAAAAACAAAAAAAAAACAUUUUUUUUCAGAAAAUCUUCAAAAUGGUUCAAUAAGUUGUUUGGAAGCAGUUCGAACAUAUUAUCAAAAAGCAAUUUUGGCAAAUAAAUCGACAAAUUCGAUUUGCAUGUUUAUUUUGGAAUCGGAAAAAUGGGCUGAAGAAUGGGAUGAAAAAGCGAAGAAUCAGGAAGGUUUUGUGAAACCUCCACUUUUUGGAGUGCCAUUUUCGUUGAAAGAAUGUGUUCCGAUUAAAGGAUAUGAUCAAACAAGAGGAUUUGUGCAAGAUACUUUUAGGUAGGUUUGGAACUUUUUUUGUUUUAGAAGAGUACUGUAGCAACUUUAUUCGGGAUAUUCCUGACAAUGAAAGACAAGUUUUCCACGUUCUAACCUUUUUCUAAAUUUCUUUACAGUCCAGUUUCAAAUCAGUUUUUUUCAAGAACUUAUUUCUCAAAAAGUUAAAUAAAUCUAAAAGCACGUUAUCAAAAAUAAUAUUAUUGAAUUAAAAAGACGUGAGAAAUAAAAAAAGUAGGUCAAUUGACGUGGAUUUAAAAACAGUAUAGGUAGCCAUGUCGUCAGUUGCGAUGCGUGUGAGCGACACGUUUUUAGAAAUGAAAAUUUGGAAAAUCCAAUGGAAAAUAUCGAGGUCAACACGCAACGCAGAACCGCAUCGCAAUUGACGACAUGGCUACCUACUCAGGUAGCAGCUUGCCCAUGGACUGCCCCUUACUCUGCCCUUAGAGCAGGUUCUAAGGGCUGCAUUGGAGCAUUUAAGGGGCAAUCUUUGGGCAUUUCAAUUAAAUAAGGACAUCACGUUUUAAAUUCAAAUUAAUUCAAGCCACGUAAAAAAAGCAUUUUCACUAAUUUUUCUUGUUUCCAGCUUGGAAAAUUGAAGCCUAGGCCCAAAAUCGGGCAGUUUGGAGGGGCAGCCUUCAUCAAAAAGGAGCAGCCUUCAACUAAAUACAAGAAAACAUUUUUAUAAGUGUUUUAGAAGUAAAAGUUUUAUUAAACGAAAUAACAUGGAGAGAUGCACUUCAGCUAGAUCAUACUCUGCUUCUCAUUGUAAAAUCAAAUUUUCACAUAAGUUGAUAAUUUAUUUUUCGAGCAUUCGUGAAUUUUCUAGGUGAUUUGACCGAACUUGUAUAAUUCAAAGCUGCAACGGUUGAAGCAGUUGAUCCAACAUAACUUUUUUGGGAAUCGGAUAAAUUUAUACAUGUUUUGGAACACAUCUAAUUCAUAAAAAUCCAUUUAACAAUCACAGUGAUAAUCCCAGAAUCCGCUCCACUAUAUUUGAAUUGAUAACUUGCUUACAUUGUUUUUCUUUUCUAAUAGAUGUUUGAGUGUCAUCGAAAUAGUUUGAUUUAUUCGCUAUUUUCUUGGCUAACAGAAUAUCAUAAAUGAGAAGAAAUUCCGAUUUCGAAACAGGACACAUAUCAAAACUAGGUCACGUUAUGAAAAAUAGCUAUAAAUUUAUUUUUCCCAUUAAAAAAUUUGCCCUUAGGGCUUGCCCUAGGUGCAUUUAUGGGGCAACAGCUUUCCUAAGGGCAGUCCAUGGGCAAGCUGCUACCUGAGUAUACUGUUUAAAAAAAAGACGUCACUUGACCUACUUUUUUUAUUUCUCACGUGUUUUUAAUUUAACAAUAUUCAAAAAAAUUUAAUUUCUAUAAUUUUUUGCAGGCCAACACCAGUAGAUUCAGUUCUUGUCGAACAACUCAAACUUCUCGGAGCAAUUCCAUUUUGUCAAACAAAUGUUCCUCAAUCUCUUCUCUCAUUCAAUUGCUCAAAUCCAGUUUAUGGUCUCACAAAACAUCCAUUAAAUCCAGAAAGAACACCCGGAGGAUCAUCUGGAGGUGAAAGUGCACUUUUGGCUGCAAAUGGAAGUGUUAUUGGAAUUGGAGGAGAUGUUGGUGGAUCAAUUAGAAUUCCGUGUGCAUUUACUGGAACUGCUGGUAUAAAGCCAAGUCAUUUGAGAUUUUCUCAUCGUGGAGUUUGUGGAAGUGUUCCAGGAAGGCCUUUGAUUAAUUCGAAUGAUGGACCAAUGGCAAAAGAUAUCAAAACAUCUAUUGAACUUUUGAAAAUCUUAUGGAAUGAUACAUGGAUUUCAGGUAUUUUGAAUACGGUUUCCAGAAGAAUUUGUUAUUCAUUUUUCCUUUUUUCAGAUCAAGAUCCAUAUGUUCCACCAGUUGUUUGGAAUGAAAAAGAGUUUUCAAAAACAAGUCCACUUCGAAUUGGUUAUUAUAUUGAUGAUGGAUGGUUUACACCAACACCAAUGGUCCAAAGAGCAGUUUUAGAAGCGAAAGAAAUAUUGGAGGCUAAAGGACAUAUUUUGGUACCAUUUAGAGUUCCGAAUGCAUACAAUGUUAUGUUUAUGUUUUUGCGAGCUGUUUGUGUGGAUGCUGGAAGCUUUUUGUCGAGAAAACUGAUGAAUGUAAGUUUGGACUUGGAACUGGAACUUGGAGCAGGGAGAUUUGAAUACUUCGAAAAUGUUUAUCAUGAGCAAUCCAUAAAUUUCAGGAUAUAAUCGAUCCACUUCUUUAUACUCAAGUUCUUCUUUGGAUGAUUCCACUUCCAAUUCAACGAUUAUUUGCAUGGAUGGCAAAUGUGUUUUUCCCACGACUUGGAAAUAUAAUGAGAGCAAUGACUUUGAAUACUGCACAACUUCGUCAAACUUAUGCUGAUAUUGAAGCAUAUCGAAGUGAAUUCACACAAUUAAUGAAAGACAAAAAUAUUGAUGCUCUUUUGUGUCCACCUACAGUAACCCCUGCUUUACCUCAUGUUAUGGCAUCAAAACUGUUUACCGCAACAAGUUAUACGGGAAUAUUUAAUUUGCUUGAUUUUGCUGCUGGAGUUGUUCCAGUCACUCGAGUUUGCAAGGAAGAUUUGCAAAAAUUGGAGGAUGAAUAUGAAGAACAUGAUUUGUGGUAUAAAAUUGCGAAAAAUGGAUCGAGAGAUAGUUUGGGAUUACCAAUUGCAGUACAAGUUGCAACACCUCCUUUUAAAGAGGAAGUUUGUUUGAGAAUUUUGCGGGAUAUUGAACAAGAUGCUAAAUUUCAGUGA